AUGGCGGCGAUGGCGGGGAGCGAGGUGCAUCAGACGCUGCAGGCGGCGGCGCUGCCUCUGAGUUUCCUGGUGAUGAGCUCCGUGCUGCCGGUGGUGAAGGUGCUGCUCAUCGCCGCCACAGGGCUCAUCUUCGCGCUGCCCUACUUCGACGUCCUGCACGCCGACGCGCGCAAGAGCCUCAGUAAGCUGGUGUUCACGGUGUUCCUGCCGGCCAUCAUCUUCGUCAACCUGGGCGAAGCCAUCUCCUUCGAAAACCUCCUCAAAUGGUGGUUCAUACCAGUGAACGUGGUGCUGGCGUCCGGGCUGGGCUGCCUGCUCGGCAUGCUCGUCGCGUGGCUCACUGACUGCCCACCCGAGUUCUUCCGCCUCGUCUUCGUCCUCACAGGCAUUGGCAACAUGGGCAACAUGCCGUUGGUGCUGCUGUCAGCGGUGUGCUCCGAUGCGCGCAACCCCUUCGGCGGCCACAACGAGUGCAACAAGCUCGGCACCGCCUACAUCUCCCUCGGCAUGUGGAUGGCGGCGAUAGUGAUGUGGAGCACGGUCUACAACAUCCUGGCGCCCCCCGAGGAGUGGUUACCAGGUUACGUGCGGCCCUUGGACCACUUCGGCAUCGACCACAAGUACGUGGACGCGCCCAUGGUGCCGUACCAGGAGGAGGACGACAGCGACACUGACGACGGCGAGGCGGACGGGGAGGUGGGGGGCGAGGAGGGGUGGGAGGUGCCGGGUGGGUGGGAGGCGGCGCUGGGCGUGGGCGUGGAGGCCGUGUCGUCGCGCCCGCUGGCGCCGGGGGAGGGCAGGCGUGCGCACCACACUACUGCUGCUGCCGGGGGCGGUUCUGGUGGUGCUACUGCUCAUGGCAAUGCCGGGCUGCACACACCGCUGCUAGCAGGCACACCAGCAGCAGCAGCAGCGGUGACAGAGGGGCGCAUGGGGGCAGCGGUGCCGCGGCUGGGCAGUGCAGGCGGCGUGGUGGAGGCGGGGCAGCAGCGCGGUGAGGGGUCGGUGCGAGGGGGGCGUGUGUUUGGCGGCGGCAGCCUCGGCAGCAGCGUGGCUCGCACGGCUUCCCGGUCACUGAGGAAAGCAUCGGUGGCGCUGCUCGUGCGCGCUCCCAACACGGUGGGAGAGGUGCUCAAGGCGUUGCACAUUUACGAUGUCUUCCGCCCGCCCGUCCUCGCUGCUUGUCUGGCAAUGCUACUGGGCAUGGUGCCGCAGCUGGACUUCCUCUUCUUCCACCGUGACGGCGCUCUGCGCUUCCUCACUGACGCCCUCGCCGUGCUGGGCCAGGCCAUGAUUCCCUGCAUUCUGCUGGUUCUCGGCGCCAACCUCGUCAAGGGUCCUGGGGCGUCCGCACUGCCGAUACGCACGACGCUAGCGGUGGUGGUGACGCGGCUGGUGGUGGUGCCGCUGCUGGGCAUCGCCAUUGUGCUGUCCGCCGACCGCCUGGGGCUGCUGCCCCCGGGCGACAAGAUGUUCCGCUUCGUGCUGCUGCUGCAGCAUGCCAUGCCCUCGUCCAUCCAAAUAGGCACGGCGUGCAGUCUGAGGGGGUUUGGAGAGCAGGAGGUAUCAGCGGUGCUCUUCUUUCAGCACAUAUCAGCUGUCUUCACCAUGGCUGUCUACCUCUUCAUCUUCUUCUACCUCCUCUACGGCUGA